UGUAUAGUUAUAUUUGGCCUUGAAUAUUUUUGCUGUUAACCUGCAAAUGCCUCAACUUUGUACAUUUAUCAAAUAAGCAAAAUACUAUGUAUAACGUAUAAAAGAUUUGUAGAAAUGGGGGUUACAGUAGUACAAAACUUUCCUAUUACGGAAAACAGAACUGGUCCGUCUACUAUCGAACUUCUUACAAAGAGAAUAUCGGCUUUAGGGGCGAUUCAACAAGGACAUUUUUUAGUGGAUUGUGAAACGUAUACAUCUGUUCCCCAGCUUGGUAAUCCACGAACCGUUCAUAUUCUUCAUAAUUCUGAACAACCAGCCACAGUAUUUUCUAUAUUAGAGACAGAAAAUAAAACUAUUCCUCUAGCAACAGAUGGCUUAUUUGAUUUAUUAAUGAUAAAGAUGGCCAAUUUCUACACUUCAAAAAAGCAAACCAAGGCAGAAUCUAAAGGGCCGCGUUAUGAAAUCGGAGAUUUUUUAGUUAAAUUGGGCACAGUUACUGUAAGUCAAAACUUUAAAGGAGUCCUAGUGGAAGUAGAAUACAGACCUUGUGUAGUACCAGCAAUGUGUUGGGAAUUAAUGAGAGAAUUCUUACAAGGAUUUUUAGGAUCAACAGCUCAAAGUGCACCACCAUUAUAUCUUCAAAAUAGAAUGCAGGACAUUUAUUCUCCAAUUGAUACAAUUCAUCAAUAUUUAGAACAAUUUACUAUUUAUAGGAAAGCACCAGGAUUAAGGACAUAAUUGUAUUAAUGAUAUAGUUUAUUUUCGUUUUAGAAAAUGUAAAAUGUUUUUAAUAAGACAAAAACUAAUAAAACUUUAAAAACUU